GGAGGCCUCAGACGAGGGGCAAAACGACGCAAGAUGGCAGACAAGGUUCUCCCACAGAGGAUCAGAGACCUGGUCCCAGAAUCCCAGGCCUACAUGGACCUCUUGGCCUUUGAGAGGAAACUGGAUCAGACCAUCGCCCGAAAGCGUAUGGAGAUUCAGGAAGCCAUCAAGAAGCCCAUUAUGCAAAAACGCAAACUCAGGAUCUACAUUUCCAACACAUACACGCCCAGCAAGCCUGAGGGUGAGGAGGCAGAGAAGGUGUCGUCCUGGGAGCUGAGAGUGGAAGGCAAACUUCUGGAGGAACCCGGCAAGCAAAAGAGGAAGUUCUCAUCUUUCUUCAAGAGCCUGGUGAUUGAGCUAGAUAAGGAGCUCUAUGGACCUGACAACCACUUAGUAGAGUGGCAUAGAAUGCCCACCACCCAGGAGACAGAUGGUUUCCAGGUUAAAAGACCUGGCGAUGUGAAUGUUAAAUGCACUCUACUGCUCAUGCUCGACCACCAGCCCCCUCAGUACAAACUGGACCCACGGCUGGCUCGUCUGCUGGGUGUGCACACACAGACCAGGGCCAGCAUCAUGCAAGCUCUGCUCUAUAUCAAGAACAACAAGCUGCAGGAUAGUCAUGAGAAGGAGUACAUCAACUGCAACCGCUAUUUCAGACAAAUCUUUGGCUGUCCUCGCAUGAGGUUCUCUGAAAUUCCCAUGAAACUGGCGGGCCUGCUGCAGCACCCUGACCCCAUCAUUAUCAAUCACAUCAUUAGGUAAGGGGGUUGUGGACCCACGGAUCAGAAGAAGACUGCUUGUUAUGACAUUGAUGUGGAGGUUGAUGAUCCACUGAAGGGACAGAUGAACAGUUUUUUGUCCUCUACAACUAACCAACAGGAGAUUGCUGCUCUGGAGAUGAAGAUCCAUGAGACGAUUGAGUACAUUAACCAGCUGAAGACUGAGAGAGACUUUAUGCUGAGCUUCAGCAAUAAUCCACAGGAUUUCAUCCAGGACUGGCUCAAGUCUCAGAGCAGAGAUCUGAAGUUGAUGACAGAUGUGACAGGAAACCCAGAGGAGGAAAGGAGGACUGAGUUCUACCAGGCACCCUGGGUACCAGAGGCAGUGGGCAGAUACAUUUACUCCAAAGUGCAACAGAGAAGACAAGAGUUGGAGCAGGUGUUGGGUAUCCGACUCACCUAAAUACAUAUUCCAGAGGAGUCACAGCCAACUUUGGUUUACACUUCAGAUGAUAACGUCUUCUCAAUUGAAAUUGGAAUUAGCUUGGAAAGACACAAGCUGAUGUUGCAGCUUAAGUGUUCACAAAGCCAUCCUCACUGAUGUGAUAUGAGAUACCAGCUUCUAAGUGGGAUACACAUCUUUGUUGUUCCCAUAGAUAAUAAUUUUAACACAGGCAGAGUUUAUGGGACCAAAGAGGUUAUUUACAUGUCCUUAACAAUAUGUUUGCCUUGCAUUGUCAUGUCAUUUUGAGCCUGUUCAAUAAUCUUUGCGUUGUUCUGCAGUAUGUUUUGCUUAUGGUACAAUAUGCUUAAAACAUUGUAAGCAUUGGUGCUGUUUAGGUGUUUUUCACCAUCAUGUUGUGUGCUAUUUUGAAUGGGGUUCUGUUUACCUUCACAUUUUAAAGCCAUAAAGUUUAGAUAGGAACAAUACCUGGUGUCUAGUAACGUCUCAAUAAACAAGAAUCGGGAGGCAUUGUAGAAUUAAGCAUUUCAUUCCAAAAUAUGUAUGUAUGUAUGUUCACAAGUACAUUUAGAUUUUUUUUUUUUUUUU